UACUCAUCAUGCUGGUCCAUCUAGCAGUCAUCUGGCAUCAAGCUAUGGCCCAAACUGAUGGCUUCGCUACCAUGAAGACCCAACCAGCUGUCACAAGUCAUCAAAAUUCAACAGCUUCAACAACAAAGACAAAAAAUGCAACAAGCACAGAACCAUCAACUGCUACAUUCUUGCCUGCAACAGAGUCAAUGACUUCAUUGUCUUCAAGUUCAAAAGAAACAAUUGUUUUAACUUCUGACAGUUCUGAAAUACUGCCUUCAACUAAUUCGCCAACAGAAGAAGUAACAGAAGGAAUGAAAACAGGUACUGAGAGUUUAGCAACAGGCAUAACCCUAACAUCAGACAAUUUAGCAACCGAUGAUACCUCUUUUCAAGUUACUAGUGAGCUAACACAAACUGUACAAAUGUCACCUCUAACUACUAAUAAAAGUAAGCUAUUAACAAGCACAGGAACCGCGACAGAGGAACAAACGGUAGUUGAGCUUACAACAUUUGCCGAUGUAACAUUCCUAACAACAACUGGUGAGACUGCUACACAGGUUACUAAUGAACUUACCCAAACCAGCACAAUAACAAGUCUAACCUCUGAUGUUACAAAACUAACAAACACAGAAGGCACAACAUUGGAACCAUCAACAGGAGAGCUAACUACAGUUGCAGAUGUAACAUUCCUAACAACAACUGAUGAGACUGCUACACAGGUUACUAAUGAGCUUACCCAAACCAGCACAAUAACAAGUCUAACCUCUGAUGUAACAAAACUAACAAACACAGAAGGCACAACAUUGGAACCAUCAACAGGAGAGCCAACUACAGUCGCAGAUGUAACAUUCCUAACAACUGUUGAGACUGCUACACAGGUUACUAAUGAACUUACUCAAACCAGUACAAUAACAAGUCUAACCUCUGAUGUUACAAAACUAACAAACACAGAAGGCACAACAUUGGAACCAUCAACAGGAGAGCUAACUACAGUUGCAGAUGUAACAUUCCUAACAACAACUGGUGAGACUGCUACACAGGUUACUAAUGAGCUUACCCAAACCAGUACAGUAACAAGUCUCAUCUCUGAUGUUACAAAACUAACAAACACAGAAGGCACAACAUUGGAACCUGCGACAGGAGAGCCAACUACAGUUGCAGAUGUAACAUUCCUAACAACAACUGGUGAGACUGCUACACAGGUUACUAAUGAGCUUACCCAAACCAGUACAAUGUCAAGUCUAACCUCUGAUGUUACAAAACUAACAAACACAGAAGGCACAACAUUGGAACCUGCGACAGGAGAGCCAACUACAGUUGCAGAUGUAACAUUCCUAACAACAACUGGUGAGACUGCUACACAGGUUACUAAUGAGCUUACCCAAACCAGUACAGUAACAAGUCUCAUCUCUGAUGUUACAAAACUAACAAACACAGAAGGCACAACAUUGGAACCUGCGACAGGAGAGCCAACUACAGUUGCAGAUGUAACAUUCCUAAUAACAACUGGUGAGACUGCUACACAGGUUACUAAUGAACUUACUCAAACCAGUACAGUAACAAGUCUCAUCUCUGAUGUUACAAAACUAACAAACACAGAAGGCACAACAUUGGAACCUGCGACAGGAGAGCCAACUACAGUUGCAGAUGUAACAUUCCUAACAACAACUGGUGAGACUGCUACACAGGUUACUAAUGAGCUUACCCAAACCAGUACAAUAACAAGUCUAACCUCUGAUGUUACAAAACUAACAAACACAGAAGGCACAACAUUGGAACCAUCAACAGGAGAGCCAACUACAGUUGCAGAUGUAACCUUCCUAACAACUGGUGAGACUGCUACACAGGUUACUAAUGAGCUUACCCAAACCAGUACAAUGACAAGUCUAACCUCUGAUGUUACAAAACUAACAAACACAGAAGGCACAACAUUGGAACCUUUGACAGGAGAGCUAACUACAGUUGCAGAUGUAACAUUCCUAGCAACUGAUAAGACUGCUACACAGGUUACUAAUGAGCUUACCCAAACCAGUACAAUGACAAGUCUAAUCUCUGAUGUUACAAAACUAACAAACACAGAAGGCACAACAUUGGAACCUGCGACAGGAGAGCUAACUACAGUUGCAGAUGUAACAUUCCUAACAACAACUGGUGAGACUGCUACACAGGUUACUAAUGAGCUUACCCAAACCAGUACAAUAACAAGUCUAACCUCUGAUGUUACAAAACUAACAAACACAGAAGGCACAACAUUGGAACCAUCAACAGGAGAGCUAACUACAGUCGCAGAUGUAACAUUCCUAACAACAACUGAUGAGACUGCUACACAGGUUACUAAUGAGCUUACCCAAACCAGUACAAUGUCAAGUCUAACCUCUGAUGUUACAAAACUAACAAGCACAGAAGGCACAACCCCAGGCACUUCUACUGAUGAGAAUUCUUCCAAUAAAACAUCAGGUGCAACUGUUAAUACAAUGUCAACUUCAAUUGAACACACAGUAACUACUGCGCCCAACACAACAUCUGAUGCUGCAACUUCUACUAGUACAGCUUUCUCCACUCCUGUGGAAGGCACUGUAACUGAAGCAGCAGCACCCAACACAACAUCUGAUGCUGUAACUUCUACUAGUACAGCUUUCUCCACUCCUGUGGAAGGCACUGUAACUAAAGCGACAACACUCAACACCACAUCUGAUGCUGUAACUUCUACUAGUACAGCCUUCACUCCUGUGGAAGGCACUUCAACUGAAGCAACAACACUCAACACAACAUCUGAUACUGCAACUUCUACUAGUGCAGCUUUCUCCACUCCUGUUGAAGCGAAUGCAACUGAAGCAAUAACACUCAACACAACAUCUGGUAUUGUAACUUCUACUAGUACAGCUUUCUCCACUCCUGUUGAAGCAAAUGCAACUGAAGCAACAACACCCAACACAACAUCUGAUGUUGUAACUUCUACUAGUACAGCUUUCUCAACUCCAGUGGAAGGCACUGCAACUGAAGCAACAACACUCAACACAACAUCUGAUGCUGUGACUUCUACUAGUACAGCUUUCUCCACUCCUGUUGAAGCGAAUGCAACUGAAGCAAUAACACUCAACACAACAUCUGGUAUUGUAACUUCUACUAGUACAGCCUUCUCCACUCCUGUGGAAGGCACUGCAACUGAAGCAACAACACUCAACACAACAUCUGAUACUGCAACUUCUACUAGUGCAGCUUUCUCCACUCCUGUUGAAGCGAAUGCAACUGAAGCAAUAACACUCAACACAACAUCUGGUAUUGUAACUUCUACUAGUACAGCUUUCUCAACUCCUGUGGAAGGCACUGCAACUGAAGCAACAACACUCAACACAACAUCUGAUGCUGUGACUUCUACUAGUACAGCUUUCUCCACUCCUGUUGAAGCAGGUGCAACUGAAGCAACAACACCCAACACAACAUCUGAUGUUGUAACUUCUACUAGUACAGCUUUCUCAACUCCAGUGGAAGGCACUGCAACUGAAGCAACAACACUCAACACAACAUCUGAUGCUGCAACUUCUACUGGUACAGCUUUCUCCACUCCUGUUGAAGCAAAUGCAACUGAAGCAACAACACUCAACACAACAUCUGGUAUUGUAACUUCUACUAGUACAGCCUUCUCCACUCCUGUGGAAGGCACUGCAACUGAAGCAACAACACUCAACACAACAUCUGGUAUUGUAACUUCUACUAGUACAGCUUUCUCCACUCCUGUGGAAGGCACUGCAACUGAAGCAACAACACUCAACACAACAUUUGGUAUUGUAACUUCUUCUGGUACAGCUUUCUCCACUCCUGUGGAAGGCACUGCAACUGAAGCAACAACACUCAACACAACAUCUGAUGCUGUGACUUCUACUAGUACAGCUUUCUCCACUCCUGUUGAAGCGAAUGCAACUGAAGCAACAACACUCAACACAACAUCUGGUAUUGUAACUUCUACUAGUACAGCCUUCUCCACUCCUGUGGAAGACACUGCAACUGAAGCAACAACACUCAACACAACAUCUGAUGCUGCAACUUCUACUAGUACAGCUUUCUCCACUCCUGUUGAAGCGAAUGCAACUGAAGCAAUAACACUCAACACAACAUCUGGUAUUGUAACUUCUACUAGUACAGCUUUCUCCACUCCCGUGGAAGGCACUGCAACUGAAGCAACAACACUCAACACAAUAUCUGAUGCUGUGACUUCUACUAGUACAGCUUUCUCCACUCCUGUGGAAGGCACUGCAACUGAAGCAACAACACUCAACACAACAUCUGAUGCUGUGACUUCUACUAGUACAGCUUUCUCCACUCCUGUGGAAGGCACUGCAACUGAAGCAACAACACUCAACACAACAUCUGGUAUUGUAACUUCUACUAGUACAGCUUUCUCCACUCCUGUGGAAGGCACUGUAACUGAAGUAACAACACUCAACACAACAUCUGAUGCUGUGACUUCUACUAGUACAGCUUUCUCCACUCCUGUGGAAGGCACUGCAACUGAAGCAACAACACCCAACACAACAUCUGAUGUUGUAACUUCUACUAAUACAGCUUUCUCAACUCCAGUGGAAGGCACUGCAACUGAAGCAACAACACUCAACACAACUUCUGAUGUUGUAACUUCUACUAGUACAGCUUUCUCCACUCCUGUGGAAGGCACUGUAACUGAAGUAACAACACCCAACACAACAUCUGAUGUUGUAACUUCUACUAAUACAGCUUUCUCAACUCCAGUGGAAGGCACUGCAACUGAAGCAACAACACUCAACACAACAUCUGAUGCUGCAACUUCUACUGGUACAGCUUUCUCCACUCCUGUUGAAGCGAAUGCAACUGAAGCAACAACACCCAACACAACAUUUGAUGCUUUAACUUCUACUAGUACAGCUUUCUCCACUCCUGUGGAAGGCACUGCAACUGAAGCAACAACACUCAACACAACAUCUGGCAUUGUAACUUCUACUAGUACAGCUUUCUCCACUCCUGUGGAAGGCACUGCAACUGAAGCAACAACACUCAACACAACAUCUGGCAUUGUAACUUCUACUAGUACAGCUUUCUCCACUCCUAUGGAAGGCACUGCAACUGAAGCAACAACACUCAACACAACAGCUGAUGCUGCAACUUCUACUAGUACAGCUUUUUCCACUCCUGUUGAAGCGAAUGCAACUGAAGCAACAACACUCAACACAACAUCUGGUAUUGUAACUUCUACUAGUACAGCCUUCUCCACUCCUGUGGAAGGCACUGCAACUGAAGCAACAACACUCAACACAACAUCUGGCAUUGUAACUUCCAAUAGUACAGCUUUCUCCACUCCUGUGGAAGGCACUGCAACUGAAGCAACAACACUCAACACAACAGCUGAUGCUGCAACUUCUACUAGUACAGCUUUUUCCACUCCUGUUGAAGCGAAUGCAACUGAAGCAAUAACACUCAACACAACAUCUGGUAUUGUAACUUCUACUAGUACAGCUUUCUCCACUCCUGUGGAAGGCACUGCAACUGAAGCAACAACACUCAACACAACAUCUGAUGCUGUGACUUCUACUAGUACAGCUUUCUCCACUCCUGUUGAAGCGAAUGCAACUGAAGCAACAACACUCAACACAACAUCUGGUAUUGUAACUUCUACUAGUACAGCCUUCUCCACUCCUGUGGAAGGCACUGCAACUGAAGCAACAACACUCAACACAACAUCUGGCAUUGUAACUUCCAAUAGUACAGCUUUCUCCACUCCUGUGGAAGGCACUGCAACUGAAGCAACAACACUCGACACAACAUCUGGUAUUGUAACUUCUACUAGUACAGCUUUCUCCACUCCUGUGGAAGGCACUGCAACUGAAGCAACAACACUCAACACAACAUCUGGCAUUGUAACUUCUACUAGUACAGCUUUCUCCACUCCUGUGGAAGGCACUGUAACUGAAGCAACAACACUCAACACAACAUCUGGUAUUUUAACUUCUACUAGUACAGCUUUCUCCACUCCUGUGGAAGGCACUGCAACUGAAGCAACAACACUCAACACAACAUCUGGCAUUGUAACUUCUACUAGUACAGCUUUCUCCACUCCAGUGGAAGGCACUGCAACUGAAGCAACAACACUCAACACAACAUCUGGUAUUUUAACUUCUACUAGUACAGCUUUCUCCACUCCUGUGGAAGGCACUGCAACUGAAGCAACAACACCCAACACAACAUCUGAUGCUGUUACUUCUACUAGUACAGCUUUCUCCACUCCUGUUGAAGCUACUGCAACUAAAGUAACAACACCAAACACAACAGACAAUGUCCUAACUUCUUCUAGUACAGUAAUGCAUUCUGUAGUUUCUUCAGCCGUACCAACUUCAGUUGACACAACUACAGCUGUUACAAGCAUUCCUGAGACAUCACAUGCCACGCUCCCAACUUUAAUAUCAACUGAUCCUUCUAUACAAACUACUGAACAAAUUGAAGAGACAACUUCAAUACAAACAUCACAUUUAAUAACAGUCACAACACCGGAUAUCACAUCUAGUGCUGUAACUGUGACUGAAGUCGGAGUUACAUCAGCUACAGUAAAACCAGAGAUCACAUCAGGAUUUUCAACUCCAACGGCGGUGUCAACUACCGCUGAAAUGACUUCUCCUGAAUUAACACCAGCUUUGGCAACAACUGAUAUGUCUAGCGCCUUUACAACUACUGAAAUAUUAUUAACAACGCCUGUUAAACGGACUAAUGUAGUCUUAACAACUACUUCAGCCACAUCCCAAUCAGUAACAACAACAAAAGCAACCAGCCCCUCUGCAUCAAGUGAGAUUGUUAAAACCACCUCACAAAUGGUCACAAGAGAACCUACCCAGACAGUCAAAUUAACAUCAGCUUCUGGACCCAAAACAUCAAGUACAUCAGUCUCUGCUGAUAAAAUACUUCGUUUAGAAGUUCUGGUGGAUCUAUCGCACGAGGUAAAGAGCCAGACUUUCAUUGAGAAAAUAGAAGGUGAUCUUGAGCAACUGUACCUAAUGGGGAAGGAAAUAUCCAAUAGGAAACGGAGGUCAUUGCUGGAAGACAUUGUUGGUGCUGUCCACAGACUUGUGCAGAAAAGUAAAAGAGCCGUAGAUCCUGAUCCGUCAGUCACUAUUAAAGUAACCCAUACCGAUAGAGUAGAAAGGAAUGUACAGAUUGAAUUUUAUGUGGUUGAGAAUGGGACUGUAUUGGAGCCUAGUGUUGUGAGUCAGGUAUACUCCACACUGAGUCUAGCAGCAAUGAGUGCACAGUUGGGGUUCGAGGUGAUAACUUCACCCCAACCCGUGGUCCCACCAUCUUCUACAACCGUACAACCAACUGCCGAUCACCCAUAUCCAAUCCCUCCUACUGGUAGUGAAAACAUCCUCCAGAUGACACUCAUUGUUCCCCAAGACGAUGAAGUGUCUCAAUCUGUUUUAAAGAACAAUAUCAAAAAUGGUUUGGAGGUAGCUUAUCUUGAGGGAUUAAGCACAGUAGGAGGCAAGAGAAGAAAGAGAAGCAUCUUAGAUCAUGCGGAUUCCUUUGGCCUCAAGAAACCUCCAGUGGCACAAGACAAAGGCUUAUAUGAUGAUACUAAAGAUUUAGUAGCUUCCAGUGAUCUACGUUCUUCUCUUGGAUAUCUCAAAAAUGAUAACUGGAAAUCAUUUCAAUCUGGACUGUGGAAUCUACUCAUUACGUCGGACAGAAACUUCAAUAAUAUGAGAGUGCAUAGUCGUCAAAGGCGGCAAACAGUGGAUCCAAGUAAUACAACGGAAGUGGUGGCGUUCCAAGUUGUGCGAGAUGGUUCUGAAGUGUUAUGUCAGUUCUAUGUGGUGAAUAACGCUUCUGUCGUGAAGGGUUCUCAAGCUCUAACUGUAUUUGAUGUAAUUUCAAUACAGCGUCUGUCAGUGAUUCUUAGUUAUGAGGUGAAAUCUCCAGGUAUAACACUGUUUGCAUCACCUAGUCCUGCCGAGGACUACAGUAUAUGGAUUAUUGUAGUCAGUGUUGUAUGUGCUGUACUCCUGAUCAUUGUCAUUAUCUUCCUCAUCUACUGGAUCUGUCUUUGUCAUCGUAAAGCUCACCAAUCUAAAGUCAUAGAAAUGAAAACUAUGGAAAGAGCCACUUGUACAUCUACUGAAUUUGGUCGCUUACGUAUUGAUAUAGAGAAAGGAGAAGUGUUUGUUGAAGAGACGUCAUUGGAUAAACGCCUACCAGUCAAGAAGACUGCCAAUGGGAAACUCCAUCAGGAAAGAAGUGGACAAAGACAAGCUUUUAAGAUCGAGGAUCAAGUAGGAAGUCGUGCACCAUUACCAAAGAGAAAGACAAGAAAGAAACAUGAUAGUGAUAAUGACAAGACUGCAUCAGAUGGAUCCAUGUCACAGGAGGAAGGGCCACUGUUUAGUCAUGUAACAUCAACACCUCAGGCAGCAAGGACUCUACCUAAGCCACCUCCAGUCAGAUUCCGUAAUUCAGUCUAUCCAGAUAGCAAGUUGCCUCCAUUAAAACCUCAUGCUUUGGUGGGGGAGUGUAUUAGUGAUACUGACAAAGACAGCUUAUCACUAUUGGGCAAUCAGCAGAAAUGGUACAGUCGUUCGGAGACUCAUGAAGCAUAUCCAAGUAGUGGAGAUUUUGAACAAGCAAAGACCCCCAGUGAUAGAAAGGUACGGAAAUCAACAAAGAAAGAGAAGCGGAUACAAGAACAAUUAACCAAAGAGUUGAAUCGGCGAGAAGAACAAGUCAAAGUAAACCAAGCACCUGAUGCCACUCAUGGGCCUGAUGAUCAAAAUCCAACAGCCAGGAAAAUGAAAAAAUCUCGGAAUGAGCGAUGGAAAACAGAGAACUUGCCGUCUACAGAGAUAACGAACAAGAAGAAGAAAUCAAAGAAGACAAAGGUUUCUAAACACAGAGUGGGUGUGGCUCCUGUCAAUGAAGCCAUCACAGCAUCACAAGCUCCACCUCUACAGUCAAUGGCUGGGCCAUCCUUUGAUGUUGCAAGUGGGGAUAUGGGUCGAACUGCCGAUGAUAUGAGAACUGAGAUGGCUAUGUUACUUGGCAACCAGCCUGCAAGCAUGUAUGGAUAUCGAUCAAAUAAUUCUACUCAAUAUUAUGAGCAAACUCCAGAAGAAAAGUUACGUGAGCAACAAGAGAAAGAGCAGAGGGAUCUUGAGAUCAAGAGACGAUGGGCUGUAGAGCGCAAUCAUCUUUCGCAGAUGCUUGAUGAAGCUUUUAAGCUAAAGAUGGGCUCUCUACCUUCUGCACCACCCCCUGGACAUGCAAUGUAUGAUCCAAGAUCAGAUAGGUCCCAUGAUGAUUCAUACAUGCAACCACAAUAUACCGGGGGCUUGGGUGCAAGACCAUCAUCUUAUCCUGGUUAUGAGUAUCAAAAGGGGAUACCUGGAGAGUUACCGGGGACCAGUUAUGCUGACAGGGUAACCCCAUUCAGUACAGGUUAUAAUGAUAGGGGGACUCUAAGGAACCCAUCCACCAAUCCUGCAUAUAAUCAUCCUGCGUAUAAUACUACACCUGCUAGUCUAUAUACACACCUCUCACCAAGAAAUGUUGAGCCCAGGGGCCCUUAUGGUUUGUAUGGUGAGAGAUCCGCUGACUAUGAUGACCUGUCCGAUAGGAGACGACAUCGCUCAAGACGUCAUGGAAGUAUACAUGAUGAUGAUUUAAGAAAUAGUGUAAGGAGAACUGACCGAAUUGCAAGAAGUGCCUCUUCAUCACACAGUAGGGGCAAGACAGAGGACCUUGCUGUUCUCAGACAGCAGAAUGAUUCUAUGCACAAGCAACUACUGGAGCAAAAGAGAGAACUAGAACAAGCUCUAGCAGCUGUUGGACAACCACAAACACAGAUUGUGUAGAUCAAUGCACAACACUUUUAUAAUCAGUGCAGAUGGGCCUCAAUACACCUUUAUCAUGCUGCCUCCAUCUUCGUCAUGUUCCUUGUAUCGAAUAACAAUAUUGAAUGAUAAUAAUCAUUAUGCAAAUUGGAACCAGACUAUUUUGUUCUUCCAGCCUCAGUUUGGUUACAUUGUUAUUAUCAAUGUGGAACAAUGAAGAUGGCUGCACCAUGAUAAAGGUCUUUAGAGAGGUAUCGCAAGCAUACAGGGAUACAGAUACGAUAGCUAUAUACAAUCAUGUUGGAUGCGCGUCAGAUUUUGUUUCCAAUCAUGAGUUAUGUGUCAGGCUAAAUCCAAAGUAUACACACAUCUUGGCGUAGGUUUUGCAAGCAUAACAAAUCCAAAAGUCUGUUGUGUGUUUUCUUGUUAAAUUGGAGAAUAUGAUUGAAAAUAUAUGUUUGUUUAACUGCUUGUUUCUCACUCACUCACUCCCUCAGUCGACCCAAGUUGUAGCGUUGCCGUAUGUUUGAGUCAGGCUUGAUGUCUGACACGCCACACCACUCUAUCCUGCAUACAGCUGAUAAGCUCCUCCUUGUGUUGCAUCCCCCGAAGUUAAACUAUUGUAAAGUAAGUUUCCUGCAAGCACCCCAAAAUCGAAAUGCCUGUUUGUUUUACUGCAUUUUCCCAUUUUGUUUGUUUACAACAGACUUAGACAUUUGUAUCAAUGUCAUGAAUGACGUCAAUAUGAUCAUUAAAAGCAAUAGUAGUAAAAUUGUUUUUAAUCUAGGUCAAAACUACUAAAAUCAGCAAAAUGGUAACAAUCUUUUAACGUAUGGGGGACGUGUUUGAGCUCCCAUAUCCAUUCUCAAUGUUCGCGCAAAACAUGGAAGCCUUGGUUAAGCGUCAUCUUAAUACAUAACUAAAGUGUUGAUGUAUCCAAAUUUGUAUCGGUAGCCUUGGGAAACCUCUCUCUAACCAUCUUAUCUAGAAGAAUUAUGGCAGUAAUACUUUGUAACAUAAAGUAUCUUGUAAUUUGCACAGAUUGAUAAGGCUUUGGUCUGAUUCGAUUUACUUAACAUUGUAACUUAGUUUUAUUUAAGCCCAAGUCUAUAUUGUUUGUAUUAACUCCAAACAAAUGUGAAAGGAUCAAAAUUUAAAAAAGAGAAGUAUAUUUUCCAGUAAUGUUUUUUAGACAAAACAAAGGUAACUGUUUUUUAAAACUAAUCAGGCUGAAAUCGAAUGUUCAGUACUUAAAGUAGAAGUAUGUUUUCUAUUUUAAAUUGUGAGUUUGUCACAAACAUUUUAAUUUUAAUCAUUUGUCUGUGUUUUUUUAUUUUAGUACUAAGAGAAUGUGAUGAUUUACUCGUGUACCUAUAUUCCGUAUGGAUACAUUAUAUUUAUGAAAACUUGUAACUUUUGCAAAGUUUUAUAAUAAUGCCACUUAAUUCUGCCAUUUGAUUUAAUAACACUUCAACUCCUCCAUUGUUCUUGCCAUUUGUAAUUAACUGAUUUAACUUAUAUCAAGUCCGAGCCACUUUAUCAAAUACAUUAUUCACCGAUGUGCACUUAAUGUAACUCUGAUCGCUAGUUUGGUAAUCUCGAUCAAUUUAAUAUGUAUGGUGUGUAUUACGUGUGUGUUUAAUACAUAUGUUUCCUUAAUAAGUGUGUUUAUUUAUGUUUCUUACUUGUCAUACCCAAUGAGAGUGAACUAAGUGUUAUUUAUUUACAGUCUGUGAUAUUAAAGGGUUCUGCAGCCGAUUUCACGAAACGCUAGGAUUAAUCCUAU